CAUUCAAUCAACCCAACGUGUACCAACACAACCAGAAGGUCGAUGGCCUUUAUCCUCAGUAUCCCAAUGAAAUAAGAAACCCCCAUGGACUACACUACCCGAGGGGUCUGUGGACAGGAAGGGUGCCGUGAGACACGGUAUUAUCUCGACAAUGGCCUCUGGUUUUGCCGGCGGGGUCAUCAGCAGGAGGGUCGACAAGUCGAGGAAGAGCCCGACGACUUUGGGACGCAAGGCAAGACGUAUCGGGUGAAGAAGGUUGUGGCCGAAAAGGGUCCAAAGACGUAUCGUGGCCGACAGGCAUACAGCCUCUUUCUGCAAGUGUAUCAGUUGAUCCUCUGGAAGCAGUGCCAUGCCUUGGUGCAGGACCGAGGCUUUCCGGCUCAGUUCGAGCAUGUCGUCCGUGACCUGUGGGCUCUUCGCCUUGAAACCUACUCGGACAAGAUAAACAAUCCUUCUGAAGGCGAGGAAGAGCCGGAGUUCUUCAGCUCACAGCCAUCGGUGGGCCAGGAGGAGCCUAGCAUUAUCAAGUUUGGAGGAAAGAAUCUUCAAUGGCCCCGGCUAGUUGACUCUGUCGGCCUCUGUUAUCUGGGGGCCUUAUUAAUGCGACUUCCCGUCGGUAUUGGGGACUUUCACCGGAUGAUCAUGUGCGGAGAGAUCCCUUACAUUCGGGUAACACGGUCAAUUCCUCGUGAAAUGAGAGACAAAUUGCCCCAGCAGUUCCUCUCGAUCAUCGAGACCACGAGAUUGCUCAAAGCCGAACAUCUCCAGAAGGCUGUGCUGCAGCUGUCUCUCCUAUAUCGCCGCAAAUUUGGGAUGCAGUUCCCAGCUUUGAACCUGCCACCGAUAUUAUAUCGGCAUAUUAGGAGACUUGCUCUUCCAAUUGACGUAUACUCUGCCGUGAAGAGAUUGCAGGAUCUUCUAGGCUUCUCUUUGGAAUUCCCAAACAGUUUUGCCGGUAGGACUAGGCUUCUUGACCUCCCUGAGAUCCAAGUGAUCACCCUUAUUGUCAUAUCUACUAAGCUACUUUUUCCCUUCGACGAGAUCAAAAGAUAUCCGGCCUCAGCAAAAGAGCCCACCACUCAAGUGAUUGACUGGAAGCUCUGGGCCCAAGAACAGCGACAUUAUGAUAGCCGAGAAACUGCUGGGGGUAGAAUUGGGAAAGGCAAUGAAGUCUUAGUGAAUGAGCGUGAUGUGUUCGACAUGACGCCCAGCCAGUUGGAUGAGUAUAUGGAUUGGUACGAAAACAGCUGGCUAGACAAUAGCAGAGUAGCAAAUCCAUUGAGCGACUUGUUCCCCACUGGCCCAGCCAGUGUGGACCCCCAAACAGCAGCUCCUCUGGAGGAGAACAACGAGGAAGCCAUAAGCUCGAUGCUAAAAAGGGUUACACAACAACUCCAGCCUCGGAAAGUGAUUCUAGAGGACAACACGGAUACCCCUCGACCGGGGUCAUCGUACGUGCGCUAUAAAAUGGAGUCUGAUUUACCAGAGACCGCCCGAUCUUUUUACGAGACGGCAGCAAAAGUGGCCGGGAUAUCUCUAUCUACCCUCGUCAGGGCCGUCUCUCAAGCCGAAUACAAGAUCACGCGAUGGUUAGAAGAUCAGAGACGCAUUGAGCUUUAUGGGGAUGCUGCAGGCAUGGAGUUCGCGAAAUUCGAUAGCUCUGAUGACAUGGGAGAAGACAUGACCGAUUCUGAGGACAGUUCUUGACACGUUGUUACCUUUCUAUCUGGCAUAUAUUCGUCAAGAUUCUCGAUUUUAACUACUCGGUCCUUUGUCUCUACGGUGGCUCACACUGUGCUCAGUUGAUACCUCCAUGGCCUGACAUGCAUAGGAGCCCUGCGCAACGAGUUAUAGAAUAUGCGGGGUGAAUUGUAUCCACGUCGAAAUCAAUGUUAAAUAGUAUCAUAGGUGGAUACUGUACACUUUGUAAUGGGACAGUAAUACCAAUCACAACACAGUGAUGAAUCUUAUCUCGCAAUAUUUAGGGCAAAACAAACGAUGAGAAGGGAAAGGGAAGGGAAAAGGAAAC